AUGGAAGGCAAUAUUGUUGUUACAGAUAACGUUGGACACUUUGUUUACGUUUUCGAUGAAGAAGGCAAGUGUUUAAGGAAAAUUGGUGGCCUAGGCAGAAAUUCUGGACAAUUUCGGCACCCACAAGGCCUUUUCUUUUUCAGCAAUGACGAGGUUCUAAUUGCAGACAACGGGAAUCAUAGAAUACAGCACUUAAACAUCGAGACAGGAACUGUUGUGAAAACCUUUGGAAAACAUGGUACAGGAAAAGGAGAGUUUCAGUAUCCAAGGGAUGUUUGUAUGGAUGAUGAAGGACGCAUUGUUGUAGCCGAGUACGAGAAUAAUAGGAUACAGGUGAUAUCCAAGGAGGGUUAA